GCGUAUUUUGCUGCGUAUUUGGUGCUGCGUAUUUUCCUACCCAUUGACUUCAACAGAGAAAAUAACAUACGCAGCAGCAAAUACGCAGCAAAUACGCCGUGUGGGAAUGUACCCUAAAGCGCACUCAUGACUGGGGCUGUUGUGCUUUUGAAAUAGCGCAGACGUCCCGAAAGGAGAGACUAGAUUUCCUAUUUACAUGGCCAUGGCCUGUGGAUCCGAAUGCGAUCACUUCCUACAUGUGUUCCUGUCCUCAGCCCUUUUGUGUCAGUAAUGCGCCCAUCAUCACAGUGAACACAUUUGCUUCCUGAAUUAACUCUUCAUGAGCGAGCCAAGUGGCAGCCGAACAGUAGUCGCUCCCUGCUGCCUCAGUCGCUGUGGUCCAAAAUGGAGAAGCUUGUUGUCCUCUGGACUCUCCUGCCCUGUAUUAAUAUGAUGACCCUCUCAAACCCCAUAAAGGACAGUACUCCCUCUCUACGCUUUGCUGUCAUUGGUGACUGGGGUGGACUGCCGCUUCCCCCAUACUACACCAAGCAAGAAACGCUGGUCGCAGCCGAGCUCGCCAAUACUGUAUCCAAGUGGGGCGCUGACUUUAUUGUGUCUGUGGGUGACAACUUCUACUAUGACGGUGUGCAGGAUGUGGAAGACUACCGAUUUCAGAAAACAUUUGAGAAUGUGUUUGAUGCAGAGUCGCUUCUCCCCAUCCCUUGGUAUGUUGUCGGUGGCAACCACGACCACAAAGGAAACAUCACAGCUCAGAUUGCUUACUCCAAUGUGUCUUCUCGCUGGAAAUUUCCACAUUUGUACUAUGAUCAGUCCUUCAACAUCCCAAACACCAAUGUGUCUGUGAAACUUCUGAUGCUUGACACCAUAACCUUGUGUGGGAACUCCGACGACUUUCUGGGCGGUCAGCCGUUGGAGGCAGCAAAUCCCAGGUUGGCAGAGGAACAACUAGACUGGCUGAUGGAGAAACUGCAGAGCUCUAAGGAUGAAUACUUGCUAGUGGUCGGGCACUACCCUGUGUGGUCAAUAGCAGAGCACGGGCCUACCACCUGCCUCCUUCACCAUGUCGAGCCUCUGCUAAAGAAGUACAACGUGACUGCUUAUCUUAGUGGACAUGAUCACAAUAUGCAGUACCUUCAGGACGACAGCGGCAUUGGAUACGUGCUCAGCGGAGCAGGAAACUUCCUUGAAAGCUCUCGUAAACACGAGGAGAGUGUUCCCGAAGGAUACCUGCGUUUUUUCCUGGGUGAUAUGGAGCCUGCGGGGAGCUUUGUGUACAUGCAGGUCACACCUAAAGAAAUGAACAUAACAUAUAUACAGUCAGGAGGAAAAAGUCUAUUCCAAACUACCCUACGUCCCCGUAAUCUAUAGGCUCCUCUGCUUUAUGUGCAUUACUAAUGUAGCUCCACAUCUCCCCUACAGGUCUUAUCCGUGAUCAAACAAGCUGCUGAUUUUAAGUUAUGUGCCAUUUUAUGAUCUAAUGUUCAUUUUAAAAUUUUAAACGUUUUCCAGAAUCUUUAAGUUUCUCUGUUCCCUUUCACAUCACGGUUGCAGCAGUUUUAAAGGGCUAAGCAGCGGUGUCCAAGCUGUUGCGACAGUACAGUAUGGUCCGCAGGACAUAAUAGGGAUUGUAGUUUCGCUACAGGGUUUUGAUCACUGGGAUCGAGCUUUACUGGAGACAUCACAAAGUAGUUUAAAGGGGUACUCCACUGGGAAACUUUUUUUUUUUUUUUUUUUUUUUUUUUUUUA